CAAGCUAUUUCUCUGCUUAUUUCAAAUUUGGAAUUGUUUAUUCUCAUUGUGUUGAUUGCCUUUAAGGUUUACAAUCUCUCUUGGCUUGAGCGUCAGUUUGCUUCGCGUCUGUUCUCAGCUCCACCCACGGCCACCCUUGAGGAAGCCAUGGCUGAGUUU